GAGAAGCUAAAUGUUUAUUCCAUUUAUGAUAUUAUCUAUUAUAUUUCAGCUAUCGUACCAACUGAGGUGGAUCACGAUUGUGCUAUUUGUAUGGAUAGAUCACGUGACUGUGUAUUAAGACCAUGUAAUCAUAUGGUAACAUGUAAUCAAUGUGCCAAGAUGUUGUUUAAUAGAAGAGAUGGUUGUCCUAUCUGUAGAAAAGAUAUUUCUGAUACAAUUGUAGUUUAUCAUUCAUAA